AUGGAUAUGGAUAUGACUCUCCAUUUCGGCGAAAGAGAGAAGAUUCUCUUCAGCUGGUGGAAAACUGGGUCGUUGUCUGGAAUGGCCGUAUCCAUGCUCAUCAGCUUCCUUCUGUGCAUUCUCUACGAAGCCAUCAAAUCGUUCCGCUACUUUUUGGCGGUCUGGAACAAUCAAAAGAGACAACAGCGACACGCAGAAGCGUCGAUCACAAAUCCCCAGAAUAGUGGAGGCGACACCAUUUCUGAAGAUUCCGUUCACAUUGCACCGCUCGUUCAGUUGUCUGGAUUCACCAGACGUCUCUUCACUUCGUACCGCAUUGCGCAGGGCGCUCUCUACGGCCUUCAGGCUCUCCUGGCCUACGCCCUCAUGCUCAUCGUCAUGACCUACAACAUGAAUUUGAUCCUCUCGAUUGUAGUCGGAGAGGCAGUUGGUUAUUUCCUUUUCACAGGAAACCCACUCGUCGAUCAGCAUCUUUCUGAUUGUUGCUGA